CAAUACGUGAAACACUGAUCAAGAAGAUUACGCCAUCAACAGAUUCAGUAUCCAAAGAAUUUAAGGCAUUGUUUAAAAAGACACGUGAAUACUUUGAUAAUUUUCGACAUACCUUUAAUAAAGACAUGGCGGCUCUUGCCAAAGAUUUCUUAGUUAAAGAUUACAAAUACCUUGAUGCUAGUGACUUUUCUGAGUUCAAAAAAUCUUCUUCACUCAAAUCUCUCGAAAGCUUUGUUGCUGAAAGUUUGAAGAUUCAUGUUGAAUAUCAAAUUGCAGUUCGUAAUAAAGAAAAACCUUCCUAUAGUGAAGAUGUCUUAGCCAAAAUUAAGAAACUUGAUCAACUCACUAUUCAAGUUACUAUACCAUCAGCAAGCCAACGCAAUUACAUAAAUGAAUUAGAUCUUAGUCAAACUAAUGAAGAGUUAUCUUCAGAUAAUGAAUAA